AUGUCAAGGAACACAUUUACAAAUGAGUGGCCAAAAUUGGUUAAGGAGUUAUUUCGAUUCACUAUUAUCUUAAAUGAAACAAAAAUUCACGUUUUCAGUGAUAAAGCAAAUACAACAUGGCUGCAACAUUACAUACGCAAGAGUGAAGGAAACAUUUUUGACGAAACUUGGCAUUGUAAUGAUAAUACCCUGAUAAGAAUUACUCCAAAUAAGAGCUGUUCAGUUUGUAGUAAAACAACUAGAACACUUCGUCAGAUUGUCAGCGUUAUAUUUAUACAAAAUUAUUUCCGACUGUCACGAAUUUCGAAUCGUGAACCUCAAAUUAAGCAAAAUUGUUAA